CAACCACGUCGAUUUUAAGCACACAGUUUAUCGUUUCUUUUGUGUUUUGUUUUUUGGGAAGUAGUUCGGAACAACGUGUCUCUGUUUUGGCGGUUUUGUGCCAGGAAGUUUUUUUUGCUUCUUGUUCGUAACUCUCCCAAGUUAAACUCACUUUGAUUUUAUCGGCGGCCUUUUUUGGCUUCAGAAAACUUUCUUUUAUUCCUCGUAUUGUUUUCUCUUCCUGUUUACUUUCAUAUUGCUCUUGAUGUUCUUUUGAGUUUUUUUUAGCGGUUUUCUCAAAAUGGGAUUCCUCAGCAGUUUAUUGGGAAUCCUUGGUUUUGUUUUCGGAAUUCUUCUAGGACUCUUGGCGGGGUUUUUUGUUUUCAUUUAUUCAAAACCCAAAAAAACGGAGGAGCCAAUUACUAGCUCAAUUUACGAGUUAGAUACAUGUGCAUUGCAAGAUCUUCUGCCUGAAAUGCCAUUAUGGGUGAAAAACCCGGAUUAUGAUAGGGUAGACUGGUUGAACAAAGUUCUUUCAGAUGUGUGGCCUUACCUUGAUAAGCCAGUUGCCAGUAUCAUAAAAGGCAUAGCAGAACCAAUGUUUGCUGAGUACAUAGGGAAGUAUCAAAUUGAAUCGAUUGAGUUUAAGAGUAUAAGUCUCGGAACUCUUCGUCCUGUAAUAUGUGGUCUUAAAGUCUAUGACACAAAUGAGAAAGAAAUAGUCAUGGAAACAGCAAUUAGAUGGGCCGGCAAUCCUGACAUAGUUUUGGUGAUAAAGUUAUUGUCUUUACACAUUACAGUUCAGUUAGUAGAUUUACAAAUAUCUGGAAGAGUACGGGUAGCUUUGAAACCCCUUGUCCCUACCUUUCCUUGUUUUUCAAACAUUGUCGUAUCUCUGAUGGAAAAACCAGAUGUUGAUUUUGGGAUGAAUAUAUUGGGAGGGGAUAUCAUGUCUAUACCUGGCCUCUAUCAAUAUAUUCAGGAAACUGUUAAAAGACAAGUUGCAAGCCUCUACCACUGGCCCCAAACUCUUGAAAUACCUAUACUCGAUGCUUCAUCAGUGGCUGUAAAGAAACCUGUGGGGAUACUUCAUGUGAAAGUUAUCAGGGCGAUUAAACUCUUGAAGAAAGACAUUUUAGGAGCAUCUGAUCCUUAUGUCAAGCUCAGCUUGACUGGAGAGAGGCUACCAUCAAAGAAAACCACCAUCAAGAAGAAAACAUUGAACCCCGAGUGGAAUGAGAAGUUCAAGCUUAUUGUUAAAGACCCCGAGUUACAAGUUCUUCGAUUACAAGUCUUUGACUGGGACAAGGUUGGGACUCAUGAUAGGCUGGGAAUGCAGAUGGUUCCCCUGAAACUGCUAGUACCUUAUGAAACCAAGGAAUUUACUCUUGAUUUGCAAAAGGACACAAAUAUUAGUGAUUCCCAAGACAAGAGGAACCGAGGGAAAAUUGAGGUUGAGCUAACUUUUGUCCCUUUUAAAGAAGACAGCAUCAAAUUCAGCAGCAAAUGCAGUGGCUCUUUGGAUUCAUUUGGUAAAAAGGAAAGCAGAAUUGAUAGAGCAUCAGAAGAGGGGACCCCCGGUGGAGCAGGUUUACUUUUGGUUAUGGUCCAUGGAGCUGAGGACGUUGAGGGGGAACGUCACAACAAUCCUUAUGCUUCGGUCCUAUUUAAAGGAGAAAAGAAGAAAACAAAGAUGCUAAAAAGAACUCGUGAUCCACUUUGGAAUGAGGAAUUCCAGUUCAUGCUUGAGCAGCCCCCUUUACAUGAAAAAAUUUAUAUUGAGGUCUUGAGCAAGCGUUCGGGCUUUAUUUUCCCAUCAAAGGAACCAUUGGGGCAUGUGGAAAUUAAUCUUACUGAUGUUGUUCACAACGGGCGAAUCAAUCAGAAAUAUCAUCUAAUCAAUUCAAAAAAUGGAAUGAUACACAUUGAGAUAAAGUGGAAGACGGUUUGAAAUUGGGACCAAGAAUAUGGUGGAAAGACUUUUCGGGUUGAAAAUGCUAGAAUAAUGUCGAAAAUACGAAUUCCAGUGACCAAUCCAUUGCCAAGUAUGGUUUUCUGGGAGGAAUUUUACCCACUAGAGAUUCAUUUUUAAGAACUAGGAUACAAAAUAGGUUCAGCAUAAACAAUACUUGAAUUCUCUCUCUCAACUUAAAUGAUUGGUUCUUCUUAAUAUUCUGUACCAUUUUUUUUCAUUCAUACAAUGCUUAGAGAGAAGAGGAAAGAGGAAAGAGGGAAGGGGAUUGAUGAUGAAAAUGUGAAUAAUUUCAGCAAAAUUGAGGCUGUAUCUGUACAGACUCUGUGAAACACUAGGGUUACAUAUUAGCUCACAAUGAUAUAUGUUAUUUUUUAAAAUAAAAUGAUAAUGAAUUAGUAGGAGGAAUCUUUAUAUUUAAUGUCUU